CGAAGUAACACGGAAUAGCACAUUUACCUAGACAAACAUUAACUGUUCGGUUGCAUAUACCACUACCGAAUAUAUCGAACCCACAAAAAGACAUACAGAUAGCAGAUUAUCGAAUUCUAAACUGUUAUCAUAAAGCUCAAUUGUAAAUUGCGUAACAUGCAAAUGGAUAAGGAAUGUAUGCAUAUCAACACUACGUUAGCUGAAAGUGGGUACGAUAUUCCCGUGUUUGGUGUCGGUCAUUACUGUUUCAAUGUAAUUCACGUGACGGCCAUCGUCUGCUUGUUGUUGAGUUUAUGUUCUGCCGUUGGAGUUAUUAUACUUUUAUGUAAAUCGAGAACUGGAAAAUCAUUUAUGAAAUGGCAUAAAUAUGAACGAUUUUUGUUAUACAGAUGUAUUUGCGAUAUCUCUUAUGGUUUUGUACAUACUUUGGACCAUGUCCAGAUACUGAUUACCAAGGACCAUGUUCGUCUAAGUGGAUUGUGCUCCUUGUAUGCUAUGCUUAUAGUGAAUACCUGCAUUUCCGAAGCGCUAUUUUCUUUAACGUCUGCCUUAAAUGCAUUUCUUUCAGUUUAUUUUAGAAAGAAUGUCAAUUUUGGAAACAAAGACUGGAAACUGCUUCUUAUACUUGGUCUUGGACCACUUUUGGUAGUCGCCCUUAUGUCGUCCUUACACGUGUUUGGCCCAAGUGGAUUUUUUUGUGCCUUUGAUUCUGUGAACGGUGUCAUUGCAAACGCUGUAGUAAGCACUGGUCUAACUAGCGCCAUAUUGGUAGCACUUUCCACCUUAUACGUGUUAACAUGGUACCGAAUUCAUACAGAAACAAAGGAACUUAAAACUCAACUAAGCAAAAAUGGGUGUGCAAGAAGUGCAACAGUAAAAUCUGCGAAAGCCAUGUGCUUGUUUGUGGUUGUUUAUAUCAUCCAAUGGACGCCCCUGAGUGUAUCUGGAACAUGGCAGCUAAUAUCAGACGUUCCGUUUGGACUAUUUUUAGCAGUUGUUAUCAUGACAAAUCUUAGUGGCGUUUUCAGUGGAACAAUCUGUCUGUUCAACAUGUCAAACAAGAUUUCAGUAUCAAACCAAGAACUUGGAGAAAUAAAACAGCACAUGAGAGAAAACUAGAGUAAAUCAGCGGACUAGAGUUUGCUAUUAUGCCAAAACUCUUAUAUGAUUGGCAUUUCUACACAUACUUGAAUGUGAUAUAUUUGACCUUCCAAAAAAUUGAAUAAAGCUUUG